AUGCCAGUGGUGAAGGGCGUUGUCACUGUUCUUCCGCCUCCUGAAGGCUAUGUGGUCAAUUUCGACAACCCACAGCGGCAGGCUGUACCCGAAGCUUACUAUGUCGCUGGAUUUGGUACACUUCUCAGUGUUUUGCUCAUGGCGCAAAGGCUGUACACGAAAGCCUUCUUGAUCGGUCGAUUGCAGUGGGACGAUGUCUUUCUUCUUCUGGCUUGGUUCACCUCUAUCGCUACCAUUGGAUUAUGUGUUCAUAUGUUUGCAUAUGGGUCUGGAGGUGUCCACGGAUGGGAGAUCUCUAUCGAAAAGUACAACAUAUACAUGAUGGAUGUUUUCCUCGCCGCCGCCAUCUAUACCCUCUGUGGAAGUUUCGCUAAAGUCUCUCUCUUGAUAUUUUACUUCCGACUAUCACCUCAGAGAUGGUUCAAACGAGCUGUGUGGAUUUCUCUUGCGAUCAUUGCCGGUUACAGUAUCGGCAUCUUCUUUGCUCUGGUAUUCGCCUGUGAUCCAAUCGCAAUGAGCUGGGACGUUACCAUCACGGAAGGCACAUGCAUCAACCGACCAUCACUAUACAUUGCGACUGCUGCGGCAAACAUCAUCUCGGACUUGAUACUUUUCGCGCUUCCUAUUCCCAUCGUUGUGAAGUUACAGAUUCCGCGUAGGCAGAAAGUUGGGCUGUUCUUCAUUUUCGCAGUUGGGUCACUGUAUGUUGGCAUCGCCACUAUUCUUCAAGAUGAUGUCGUCACUUCGAUCGUCCGCGUUUCUCUCCUUCCAGCCAUGCUUACAAGCAUGGACCAAAGCUGGGUCAUCUCAUGGGCCAGUUUAUGGAUUAUCGUUGAAGCGAACCUAGUCGUAAUUUGCGCCUCUCUGCCGACCUUACGCAAGUUUUUCCGACACGUCGCACCCAAGAUCAUCGGCGAAAGCACAUAUGGCAAGGGAACCAAGACUGUCGGUGGUACUGGAAGCAAGCCCAUAUCACGAAUGACUAUCGGUGGUACAAAUGGGACGCGGAAUAGAGCCGAGUAUUCGCAAUUUGAUCGCGACAACAAUGGCGAGGCAUUUGUGAUGGCCAGCAUGGGGUCCAACAACCCAGCUACUAUCGCGACUGGUCAUACCGAGGGUGAUCCGACAGAGGAUGAUUCAUCAGAGAAAGCCAUCAUGCGAGGAAACAAUAUUGUCCAGACGAAGACAAUCACGGUGGAGUAUAGCACUAAACAAUGA